AUGCGGCGGUCGUUCCACUCACAGCCGGGUGUCGGGCCAUCCUCGUCCUUCAUAGGGACCGACGGCCGCAUCCUGCUCACACCUACGCGACCGCAGGAUGCCGGUGCGGCGUACGGACAGGUGGCGACGCCGUCGUUCGGCUCGUUCCACCGAGACCAGUCACAGCGCUUCAAUGCGUCCGGCCUGCACUCAGCCCACAGUAGCCGACGGAGGCCCACUCAUAAACUGUCACUACGGGCGCUGGCGGCACUGCGCAUGGCGGCCGAGGUGCUGUUCGCUUCUUGUCUCAUGGUGGCCGUCGUGACCCGCGCGAGUCUCGUGUCGCUGUAUUAUUUAUUGGUCUUCUGCUACGGCGUGGUGCAUUCUUUCCAGUCGCGGGCCAUCACACUAUUGACCUUGGCCGUGGCCGCCAUGGCCUGUGUGUGCCACGGGGUCAUCAAGGGCGUGUACGGAGACGACGCCAGCUACGCCGGGGACGGCGUGGCCAGACUCUUUGGGUUCCAGCCCAUGAACAAUUCUAAGGAGUAUUUACAGGGGAUAGGAGUGGACGUGUUGGUCCUGGUUUGCAGUGCCAUCCACUACUGGUACGUGUUGAGGAGACUGAACUCACGAUCCAAGGAACAGGAAGAAGAGGAACGGACCCAGCAACAUUUCGACCUGUUUGAGAUGGGAGAGCGACUGAUGAACGGCAAAGAGCCGAAACGGGACCGCACGAGGUCCAUGCUACGAGCUGUGGAGCUGUUUAGUGCCGUGUUUCUCUUUCUUGCCUCGGUGUCUGUUCCGGCCUUCGCUUCGGGGCUGCUGUACCUGGUGCUGCUGGCUCGGCUGAUUGGAUACACAGUAUUUGUCCGCAGGAUGACAAUACAGGAACUGCUGUCUCGCAAGUCGGGCGUCAAGUUCUCGAGCUACUUCCUUGGACCAGGAGUCACAAAGCUUGUGUUGGCGCUGUCUCUGGGUAUCAUUGUAGCCUGGUACUGCUUCCACUUGGACCAAUUGGCCGACGACGACACUGCACAAACCAUCGCCGACUAUCUUGGCUUUGCCAACUUUCGUGCUGGCGGAGUGAGGUGGCAGUAUUUCUUCUUUGCUGGCUUUCUAUUCUUGCUCUUUGUCAGUUGCGCAAAGCUGCACAACCUGCACAGCGAAGCCAAAGGAGCCGUUAACGCUGACGUGGCUCAGUCGCUGCUGGACCAACGCAACCGAGCACCGACAGCGGAUAUCAAGGAAUUGCUGAGCAAGCAGUCGAUUGUGGUGCGCGCCUUUGCGAGGGAUGGAGGGCUCUUGUUGGGUAGUGCAGCGGCGAUCGUGUGGUGUGUGUCGUACCCGUCCUAUUUGUCUGCUCCGUUCUUGGGACUGGCGUUCGUGACCAUCGCACUGUUUGGCGUGCUGUCGUCAUCUCUCUUCAUGUGGUUAUUGAUCGCUUACGGUACACUGCUGGCGCUGGCUGAGUACCUCAGCAACCUCACGAUAAACUUCUUGUCCGAUGACUAUACAACGUACGGACUGCGGGCUUUCGACUACCCGUUUCUCGAUAUCGGAGCGCACACUUUGUGUCUCGUGUUCAUGUCCCUGGCCAUCCGAACGCAGUGGCGGUAUCAGGAUGUUCUUCGUGAGUCCCGCAAGCGUCGCAAUACGGCGAAGGUUACCGACGUCGAGGAAGGAAACCAGGGCGAUGAACACGAGGAGGACAGAGCAAGCUUCGCGAGCUUUGUGCGACUAGCUAAGAUGCGAAGCGUAAGUCAAAUUCAACAAGGCUGGCGCUCGGCUGCUCGUCUGUGGCUCGUGGAUGCCAAGCGCGUUAUCUUCACUCAUCUGGAUGCGCUGGUUCUGGCCACGAUUCUAAUUGUUGCGUUAAGCACUCAUGUGUCGUUCCUCCAGAUCGGAUAUUUAGUCCUCGCAGCCUUAUUGAUGCUGUUUUUCGAGAAGAGGAGGCGAUUCUGGCGCGUGUUACUGCUGUAUGCGCUUGGAGCGUGUUUUGCAGUAUUUCUUCGGAAUAUCGAUUGUACAGAGAGCUCCGAGAUGGAGUUAAUUGGUCUGCAGUGCUACCAUCCUGGGCUGUACACGUGGGGAUCGUUGUGGCCGACAUUGUUUAGCGCGCAGCUUUUGAUCAUCUUCCAACUGGUGUUCCAGCUUGUCAUCUACGUGGCCAACAGCGAAGCGAUCGAGGAACGCAUGAAAACGAAAGGACACGUUCGACAAAAUCCCGUCUUGUUCGUCUCUAGACUGGCUGUUGAGGUCGAUAAUUGGUUCCGGAUCUGCGGAGUUGUGCUCUGCUACACGGCCUUUCUCGUGGUGGCAAUACAGUUCGAAAGUGGGCCAACUACACUGAGUACAAAUAUGGUAGGGGCCUUGCAGCUGGCCAUGUUUUUGGUCAUUUUCGGGAAUCAUUUGGGUGGAUUUCAAUCGGCGCCAAGAACAUCUUUGCGACUCAAGUUGCUGUGGUCUCUGGCUCUUCUGAUCGAAGUAUUGAUUCUUGUGGCACGAUAUGUUUACCAGUUCGAUGAGGUGGCUACGUACUUGGAGGAGAACUUGUUCACGGCUUCCUUUAUCUCGGCUGCUGACCUAGGACUCGAGUAUCACGCUUCGAACCGUGGAAUUUCGGAUGUGUUCGUGUAUUUGCUACCUACGGCGAUUAUGACGGGCUUGUGCUUCUGGCAGCUUUCGUCCAUGAUGAAGGACGUCGCGCCGUACGAUUUAUUCACUGCUGGUCGCAGUCGUGCAGCUGAUGGCAUUCGCUUUAUCAUGGAGACUGUGCAGCAUUUAUUGAUCUCGUUCAGUGCGACGGCGCUGGUGAUUGUGACGAUGUGGGUGGCUCUGGACCAGAUCAGCUUCCUGGGGCUGCUGUACAUCCUCAUUCUGGUGGUGGGUCGAGCGUUGAGUGACUCGUGGAAGCAGCUGUGGUUCCCUCUAUUCUGGCUCGCAUCGCUCUCCAUGCUCAUGAAAUACCUCAUUCAGCUGAGUACUUUCAACACCGAACAGGCUGAUGCAGGGGUGCUAUUUAAGCCUGGCGAUGACAGUGACUGGGUGGGCACAAUACGCUUGGAAGAACGUUACGAGGACCGCGAGGGAAAACCCAAACUGUGGGAUUUAUUGUCGGGAGAGUUUUGGAUCAUUUUGCUGUGUUCUUUCCAGCGAACGGCGCAGUAUUUCGACUCGUCCUCGUCAGCACGACGUCAAUUGGAGCUGGAGGAAUUAACUGCACGAUUCGAGGAGCAAUACGCGCUGUAUGCUGCGAAUAAUUUGGAUUCUUACCACCCGACGUCCUCCUGCGAAGUCGAUGACGACGAAGAUGACCUCAAGGACCGAGCUCGAGCUUUCACCAAACGCGAAGAUCACUCCCACUUGUCGUCGAUCUCGUCGGAUGAUAAGGAUUUCUUUUCGUGUCUCCGCAGCUUCGGCACCACGUAUGCCAGCAAGGCAUCUGUCAACGUGGUCAUGUUAUUGCUGACAGUGUCGUGCUUUGUGCACCAAGACAUCAUUGCGAUGAUUUAUCUUCUGAUUGUGUACAGCAUGAUGUACGCCUAUCCUGCAACCGUGUGUAGCCGCUGGUGGGCUUUGGCGUGGUUACUCUCGUUGGUUAUUGUGUUGGAGUACUCGGUUAUACUGUGGCUGCCUCCGUUUAUGGACGUCGAGAUGGAAGAAACUUUCCCAUGGCGAUCAAUAUCGGACACUUACGAGAAGUGGCUUAUGCUGAGUAAUCAGCAUAAGUGGGGUCUUAUGGCAGAUUUCGUGGCACUGUUAAGUGUCUACCUCUUACCGGAUUCUGACAGAUUUACUGAAGAAGAAGAGGUGAUUACAGUCGUUGAUGAGUCAGCUCCUGCACUCAAAGUCACUAGCGACAAUGGGUUCACAGAAGGCGCUGAAGGCACGAGUAGUAGUCCUUAUCCUGUGUCGUCCGGGAAGGGCACCUACAGUUUGCUUAUGCGGAAGUACGUGUGGUAUUAUCUGGAGUUUGUAUUCCCAGCAAACUGGUUGCCACUGUUGCUUCUACUCGUCUUCGUGUUCGGAGCCAGACAAGGAGGUGCCGUCUCGAUCGCCUACUUGUUGGGGUCUCUAGUCAUGUUGUAUCGACUGGAUGAAGCGCGUGAGCCGUCAAACCCGUGGAUUCAGUACUUACGGAAGUGGAACUGGGCUCACUUAUUCAUGAUCACCAUCGUCAACGCUCCAUACGUCUACGCUGCUCUAAGCAACUGCCUCAUUGGGAAGAAAACGGAGAACGACGACAGCUGCAUGUCUGUGGCCAAUUUCCUCGGCGUGGAAGCGAACAAAGUCCCGUACGGACUCAUCGCUCUUUUUGUACUCAUUUCCAUCCAGUGCGAGAUCCUCCUUGCGCCAACGUAUCAAACGGUGUUUGCGAUCUUAGUGGGCGAACAGAACCGUGCAUCGAUUCGUCGUGAAGAGAUUGUGCGUGACUUUUAUCGUCGACGGACAGAGCAGUGGUACAAAAUGAAGAAGGACAAGAACGCCGCCAUUCAACGUCUCAAGAUCAUCGUAUCGAAACUCGUGCACAAAGUCGAAGAGUUGAUGGACAUCGCACUAGGAUUACACCACAAUUUGCCUCCGAUGGCGCCGUCCAAGCCUGUCGCAGUCGAAAGAUCGCAGAACUCAGCCACGAUCUCGUGGAAGAAGCCAUCGAACAGCUAUCACAAGAUCCGCUACUACCGGAUUUCGAGACAGCAGUUCCCGUCGUUGACGCUGCUCGGAGACUUCGGAGACAUCGUGGAGAUCUCGGGUGAUCGCUGUGAGGCCAGAAUCGAGGGUCUUCGUCCUGGAACCAGCUAUCAGUUUAAGGUGUGUGCCGUGUCUCGAAUGGGUGAAGGUCCGUUUAGUGUCGCUAGUGAUCCAAUUGCUACGUAUCCGCUGAAUCUGGAUGGGUCGACGACAGCCGGUUGGAUGAAAUACCGUCGUGAGAAGCUCCCUGCACCUCGCUUAGGGUUCCUCGUAUCGUGGAUGAAGGCCAAGUAUCUGCAUCGAUAUGUGGUCAUUGACUCGAGUCACUUGGUGUUCUACCAAGACGAGGAACGAGCGCUAAAGCAUCGCACUCGGAAGCACAGGAAACGGCUUAAAACCUCCUUCAAAUGGCGUGAUGUUAUUUCUCUCAGAUUGAGCGACUCCAAGGUGCAGUACGACGACAUGUCACCAUCUCUGUACUGCUUUGAAGUCGUCGUUCGUCACGCAGGAAGCCGUGGGGAUGUCAAGUACGUGUUUCAGUCGGAGUUGUCCAAAGAGUUCAACAUGUUUCUCUCUGCGCUGGCCUUUGCCGUGCCUGGAGAAGCUCUGGAUGAGAGCAUCGUCGAGUGUUUGAAGGAGCGGAAUCUGCCAAACCCUCUGGAUGUUGCGCCACCGUCUCGCAAUACAGACGAAGACGCGAACUUCGACGAGAAUAAAAGUGAAUGGAGCAGUGUGACGGGCGACGAAAGCACGUUAGGAGACCCAGAAGACGAGGAGUUCGACGACAAGAGCGGCUUCACGUGGCGCGUCCCGUUGUACCGACUGCUGUAUAAAUUGCAGAACGCUGGCUUUAAGCUCGAGACGCCGCAGUACGAAGAGGACGACAUGAACGAGCCGUCUAUCGCUGAGAUUGGGCAGCUGGUUAUCAACGGUGUGCGCAGCAAAAGUGCGAGUAUCUGCUGCGUGGCGUUGGUGAUCUGCUUCACUGUCCAGGCGGAUUUACUCAACAUGGUGUACGUGCUCGCUGCGUUUGGGUUUCUGAUCGUGGAGAACCCUCGUCCGGCACCGACAGUCUGGACCCAUUUGCUCGCUUAUACGUGCUGCAUCCUUGCGUUGCGCUACGUGUUCCAGCUGUCGAUAUUCUGCACUGGAAUGACAAACCGCGGCUACUUCUAUCCGAGCUUCGAGCCGUAUUGCACGACAGCGACUGCAGCAGCAACCAACGCGAAAUCGAUCCAGCCCAUGGUGCUGUUCGGGCUGUACAAGUUCGACGGUGUUGCUAUUGACGACACCACGUCGGUGUAUGAUGGUCUCCAGUGGGACUUUUACGUCAUGUUGUUCCUCCUGUGGCACGAACGAGAACUGCGCCUCCAAGGCUUCUGGGCUGAAGCGCAGAGUGGGGAUAUCGACCAGGCCUCGUCUCGGUACAAGUCGGAAGUGAUGCGAGGGCUGCGGACGUCGUUCUCCUCCUCUCACGACUCGAUCGACGACGCGCUCCUUUACGACGCCCCUGUCCCUGGGAAGAAGCUAGGGGCUGGUCCUUCGUUUACAUCUCAACGCAGUAGUCGACACUUGCCGACGAUAGACCGAGCUCCGACCAACGGCAGUGUGCUAUGUAUGGACAACGCAGACAUUGUCAACGAAGUGGCAGCUCAGGUAUUGCAAGAAAUGAAGGAACAAGAGCGGCUAGAAGCGGACAAGAAGGCGGCGGGGGCAGCGAUGGCUGCCAAUUCGGACGACAAUGUGGCGCAUUCUCCGUCAGAACACGUCGUCUCGAAGCAAGAGGAUAUGGACGCAGACCAGUCCGAGAUCAGCUUUCACGCACGUGCUAAACAGUCCUGGCUCGAGAAGAAAUAUCCCAAAGCUCACGCGUAUUUCCAGUCUGUCAUUUGCAAGCCACCAGCUCAGUGGGACAAAGACAUCCAAGUGGCCAUCACCGGAGAGAAACCCGGUCGGGAUUUCUACACGGCGUCGCUCUCUGUGCUUCUGUUCUCGUCCGUGUACGCUGUGAUCUUCUACGAAAAACUGGGUGAGGCUGACUCCAGCAGUACGUCCGUGGCCGAUGCAAACAGUCGAGUGUCGUCUUCGUCUCUGUUGUCCGGUUACUUGGUGCUAUUGGUGUUGAUUGAGCUGAUCUUCAUCAUCUGGGAUCGCGUGGCAUACGUCACUGCAUCGCUUCAGUCCAAAGUGAUACUGCAGUACUCGUACAUACUGGUGCUGCACAUGACGGUGUGGUAUUUCCUCCCUAGCAACACCAACAUUUACUUCCAGCAACGACCUGCAUUGGUAGCCUUCUACCUGUUCCAGUGUGUCUAUCUCUGGCUAGGAGCGCUGCAGAUUCGCUACGGGUAUCCGGCAUAUCUUGGCAGUCGCUACAACUACACGGAGGAGACGAAAGUGACAGCAGUGAGCGAGAUGCUGUUUGGACUGAUGAUGCAGGCGCCGUUCCUGUUCGAGAUGCGUGCGUUGCUGGACUAUAUGUGCACGACGACGUCGCUGAGUUGGCAGCACUGGGUGCUCUUGGAAGACACAGCGGCGCAUUUAUUCGGCGUCAAAGGCGACAUGAAAGGACGAGUUGAGAAUGCAGAGAUCCUCCAAGGCAAGAAGCGACAGCCGAUGACGACGAAGCUCACGUCUGCCGGUGUAAUGUUGCUGUUCCUGCUCAUCUGUCUGGUCGGUCCCUUGGCCAUGUUCAGCUCUAUCAACCCCAGUACAACCGCCAACGAUGUGACCCUGACGACCGUCGCGUUCGGUAUCGUGGACGAGCAGGAGACGAUGAAUCAAUUGUACUCAAACAGCGACAGCAACAGCCCGUCGUGCAAAGUGGACAUGAACACGGAGAGUGCGUCGGUACAAUGUGUUGAGUUCGAUGUGUUCUCUUACGACGUGUGGGAAUUGUCACCGCCGCGUAUGGAUCUGCUAGUGACACAAUUGCAGUCGACCCAGGCGCUAAACUGGACCAUCUCGUUCACUUUUACACGACCAGGACCUACAGACGACGAGGUGAUCUCGGCCAAAUACUCGAUCAGAAUGAAGGACGAACAGCGGAACGCGUUGAUUCCGAUGAUCAAGCAGACUGUGACGGACGACGAUACUUCGACGUUACCCUCUAUCCAAAUAGACGGUCUGUUCCCUACAGUUGUGCAGCUGACGGCUAGUAGUGGGGUACUACAGCGCUCUACCCAGAUGCGAUCAGUGGCGAUCACAAAGCACGCCUCGGAUGGGUCGACGUGGUGGACUAUUGAGCCUGUUGUGAGCUCAUCUGGCUCAAACUACUGCUCCUCUUCGUACCCGUUCUGCAUCGUUGCCGUGUCGGAUAGAAUCGUGCAAGGUCUGACAACGCUGGGCAUCAGCUCGUACGGACUCACUGCUGUGUACAUUUUCGUCGUGGUGACAGUGGGCAGCGCCGUCAAGGGAUUCUUCCGAGGUAAACUGUACCAAAUCCAGUACGAAGAGCUCCCGGAUCCUGAGGACGUACUGGAACUUGUGGAAGGGAUCUACAUUGCCAGACACGAACAUUACGUGGGGCAUCUCAAGGACGAAGUACGCAUUUUCGAAACGCUUGUACGCGUGCUGCGGUCGCCUGAGACGCUGAUUAAGGUCACAGGCACGAACGUCAUCCACAUCCCAACUGCGAAGGAAAAGCUAGACUAG